AUGGCAUCUAGACUUCCAAAUAGACUACUAAGUAUCAAAGACACUAAAUCGAUUUUCAAAGUAGGCCAAUGUGAUUUUUUAAAAGGCCCAAUAAAUGCUAAAAAUGCGAUUGAAAGGAUAAAGAACAAGAAAAUAAAAGAAAAACUUUUAGCUAAACAACAGAUAAAUUCAACCCCAAAACCAAAAGACAAACCAGUUUCAAGAUAUUUAGAAUUUGUAUCAAAAAAGAAUGCAUUUAAAAAAUAUCGAUCUGUUAGACCUCGCUUGAUAGAAAACCCCAAAUCUUUCUCUGAUCACGUAAAUAAUCAAGAUGUUCUACAUCAAGGGUCCAAAUUAAAUAGACGAGCAUUUUUACUAAAUAUGAUAAAUAAACGAAGUCAUGGUCUUCCUACAUUAAGUAAUGCGUCAUUUCCAUCAAGUCAAGAAAAUACUAAGAGGGUGAAAUUUAUAGAUUUAGAAAAAGUUUGGCAAAAUGAAAAUUCAUUUCCGAAGGAUUAUGAUCCGAACUGGAGAGAUCGAGAGAAUCUUCCGAAUUGGUUGAAACAUAAAUUUGCAAUUCAAGAGAGAACAAUGUUUCAGAAAUGGUGUCCAAAAAAAAGAGUUCCGAGGGAAGUUAUGGAUAAAAUUCGGCUGUUGUAUCACCAGUCUCCGGAAGAAAAUACUCCCCAAAAAUUAUCUCAACAAUUCAAAAUAUCACCCGAAUCAGUUCGUCGUAUCCUCCAUUCAAAAUUCGUUCCCACGCCUGAAGUAUCGAUACGACAAAAUCAAAAAAUAUUGGGGAGCCUUAUAAAAUUUAAAGCUGAGAUGAAAGCUAAACGGAAAGAAGAAAAUAAAUUGAUUAAGCAAAAAAAGAAAAAAUGGUCAAAAGAUGCUUUGCCUGCAGUUAAAAAGCCUAAACAGAAAAGAGAUAGGUUUUUAAAAGUGUUAAACGCCGUUCAAAAAG